GUUGAACCGUCUUGAUAACGUCGCAAAAUUGAAAUUGAAAAUACGAAAUUCAAGCACACGACCGAGUCUACGGUCUUCUAAGUUUUCUUUUGGAGGAACUUUUUCCAACGAAACGCUGGUGAGGAUCACGUGCGAAUGGUGUGAAAAAGUACAAAAAACGAUGUUGUCGAUGAAAGUUUGUCGGGACUUGUCUAAGUGCCUGGUGACGGUUGCCCGAUGUUCAAUGUUGCAAUCGCGUCUGCCGACGUGCAGCCAGACCACGAUUCGAAGGAGUUAUGGUGACCACAGUGGCACCGUUAGCGGUGGUCGCGAUGGUGGCAAAGGCAGCGACGACGAUGAUGACGGGUUCGUCAAGCCCAGCAACUACAAGGUGUUCAAAGAUGAUGACUCGUCAGUGAUUUUGGACAUGGAAGAAGAACGCGCUCUGCUCGACUCGCAGCUGUCCGCCGACGAUACUCAUUCAGAUUUUGAAGAAAUCGACCAAUUUGCUGGUUUUGAUGUAUCACGUGGCGUAUCCGGAGUAUUUGAAGUUGAGCAUCUAGUCGAAGUUCUCCAAAAGAACAACGCUUCGGAUGUGUUUGUAGUGACUGUCCCUGCCAAUGUGAGGUACGUCGACUACAUCGUAAUUGCGACGGGUAGAUCUCAAAAACAUUUGAUGUCGAUCGCCGAUUUUGUUCACAAGCUUUUUAAGAAAAAGCGUCGACCAUCGGACAGCAUACCCAGAUUAGUGAACAAGAAGCCUAUCGACUGGAUUGCAUUGGACAUAGGUAAUAUAGCUGUACACUUGUUAACGAAAGACGCUCGGAAGAAUUUCGACUUGGAGACAAUUUGGAGCGUUGGAGAAAAGUUCGACUCCCACCUAAAUAGGCCUGUGGAUUCAUUGGUCUCUUUAUUGAAUGAACAUUCGUUUAGUUUAGAUAAUUUAGAACCGGUUGAUUUUGAACAUGUAAAAUCCCACUAAUUUAAUGGUGUACAAUUUUACUCAGUCAAUUGUAAAUAUCCUUUUGAAUAUUCUAUUUUAUUUUAUAAUAUGUAAUUUAAAAACCGAAAUUACUGUUUUUAUUGCGAAAAUUAAAAAAAAAAUAAACAUAGAAAAGUUGACUUGCA